UUUCUUUCUAGGCUUUGGUGUGCACUAAAAAUAAAAGUGUGGAUGCAGCCCUGUCAUGGAUAGCUGAGCUUGGGGCAGAGGAAAUGGAAGCCCUGUGUGGCAGCAGUGAACAUGGUUCUAAUGACAGUGAGGACUGGGAGGAUUGUGAAGAAGAAGAAGAGGAGGAGGACAUAUACUACAAGAUGGUAUUUGUCGUUAAUAUGGAGCUUGGCAUGGGUGUUGGGAAGGUAGCUGCUCAAGUUGGACAUGCAGCUUUGGGAUUGUAUAGGUUACUGAAAGAAGAUAAAGAAAAGUAUGAAGCAAGUACUGAAGAAUGGGAAGAAUUUGGAGAGAGGAAGAUUACCGUGAAAGGCAAAAAUUCCCAGGAACUCAUUGAGUUGCAAAAGAAGGCCGAGUCUCUUCAUCUACCAACAUAUUUGGUGCAGGAUGCUGGCAUGACUCAAAUACCUGCUGGAUCUACCACUGUUUUGGCCAUAUUUGGUGAUGAAGAGGCCGUAAAUGAAGUGACAGGAAAAUUAAAAUUGUUGUGAUAGAAGAAAA